CACACACACAUAGAGAGAGAGACUCCUAAAAGCUGAAGAAUAAAAAAUAAAAUACAUUUUUAUUAUUGUUCAUCUAUACUACUGAAAUCAUAUUUUUCAAAUGCGAUUACAUAUCAAUUUCAGUAUAAACUGCUUGGUGAUUUUAUUAUGAUUUAUUAGACGCUAUAACAAGAGCCUAAAGCAGCUAACAUUUGGAGUGGUAUACUGUAGAAAUUAUUUCAUAGAGAUCUUUAUAUUCCCUUCUAAAUGUAUGCAAACAGGUUACUGAUUCUAUAAGAUUAUUUAUUUAUUUUUUUCCUUAUAUGCCACCCACACUGGAAAAGAAAGCAACAGACCUUUCUUUCCUCCCCCCCAAAGCAUAACUCUUCAAAGCCACUUUUUUCAUCUCUCCCUAGAACCUAAUCAUGUGAAAAUCACAACGGCCUCCACCGCGUUCACCCCUUUUUGUUUCAGAAGUCGGUACCGAUCCUUUCCACCUGCCUGGAAUUCAGGAGGAGGUUGCCUGAAUUAAAAGCCGUCUUGCCCAAGACGGAGAGGCGCUUUUUCCAAGCCUGCAGUCGGGGCUGCGUCUUCUCCUUCAAAUGUCUUCUUUUUAGAGCCAGCCCCAGGGAAUCUGAAGCCUUUCCAGAUGCUGCCUCUGAGCAUGCACAGAGGCCAUAUCUACCCUUCUAUCUAUCAAGCUGCUGCGGUGGGCCAGCCGUCCCUUGACAGCCUCGCCCGGCCAACUGGUGAAGUUUAAGCCUCACGUUUUCACAGGCCGCUCCCCUCCUCUUUGCCUUUUUCCGCCCGUGAGGCUGGGAUUACGGCUUCUUCGCCCAUCAUGUCACUUUCCAUUAAGCCAGAAGAGGCUCAGGCAGCCGCCCUGCCCUGACGUGAUCCUCCCCGGGUGGAUUACCAACCAGAACCAGCAAGGGAAGCCUCGCUGGCUUUCUCCUUCCCUUUUUUCGAAUUCCCCUUUUGAUUCAAGCCACCGGGAUGAUUGCUAUCGGAUAGAAGGAGACUUGAGGAUGCCGUGUGGGCCCAUGGAGCGUGGCCUGGCCGCCUCCGCCGCCCUCUCCGGCUCAGGACGGAUCCUGGUGAGGAAACCCUAAAGUGUGGGGGACCACCAUGUGGGAACGGUUGAAGAAAGUCCUCCUCACCCCUUUCUCCAUCACCGUCGCCGGCAUCCAGAAGGCCAUCCGAGGCUUCUGGACCAAAAACGGUCUCCUGACCCUCUCCUUACUCUCUGUGGUGACGGGGUGCCUCGUGGGCUUUCUCCUCCGGAGACUUGCGCUGUCAGACCUGGAGAAGCAGUAUUUCUCUUUCCCUGGAGAGCUUCUGAUGCGGAUGUUGAAGAUGCUGAUCCUGCCCCUUAUCACCUCCAGCCUAAUGUCCGGUUUGGCCACCAUGGACUCCCGCGUCUGUGGGAAGAUGGGCCUCAUCACCAUCACCUACUACCUCUGGACCACUUUCCUGGCGGUGACCACUGGCAUCAUCCUCGUGCUCACCAUCCACCCUGGGGUGGCUGCCCAGAAAGAGGAGUACACCGUCAGCAAAGUGGUGCUUAGUUCUGCGGACGCUCUGCUUGAUCUCAUCAGAAAUAUGUUCCCAUCCAACCUCAUAGAGGCCUCGUUCCAGCAGUACCGCACUGUCCUCGUUCCUGUUGUGAAGACCUCGGGCCUCUCGGCCCUGCCCAGGAAGUCCCUGAACCUGAUCUACUUUGUGCCGGAUGCUGAGAACCCCGAGGUCCAGCGGCCGGUGCUGCUGGAGAUCACGCCGUCACCGGAUAUGACUUACCGCACCCUCCCUGGCAGCAACAACGAGAUGAACGUCUUGGGGAUUGUGAUCUUCUCCGCCACGAUCGGUUUCCUUUUGGGAAAGAUGGGUGAGCGUGGAGCCCCGCUGGUCAACGUCUGCCAGUGCCUGAACGAGGCUGUGAUGAAAAUUGUCUCCAUGGCCGUCUGGUACUUCCCCUUCGGCAUCAUCUUCUUGAUCGCCGGCAAGAUCUUGGAGAUGGAGGACCCCGAAGUGAUUGGGAAGAAGCUGGGCCUCUACGCCUUGACCGUCGUCAUCGGCCUGGCCAUCCACAGCCUUUGCUUCCUUCCCCUCUUCUUUGGGCUCAUUACCAAGAAGAAUCCCUUCUCCUUCAUCCGGGGCAUCCUCCAGGCCUUGCUCAUUGCCCUGGCAACGUCGUCCAGCUCAGCCACGCUGCCCAUCACCCUCAAGUGUCUUCUGGAGAACAAUGGGAUCGACCGACGGAUCGCCCGCUUUGUCCUCCCUGUGGGGGCCACCAUCAACAUGGACGGGACGGCCCUCUAUGAGGCGGUGGCCGCCAUCUUCAUCGCCCAAGUCAACGAGUAUGACCUUGAUGUCGGGCAGAUCAUCACCAUUAGCAUUACAGCCACCGCAGCCAGCAUCGGGGCGGCCGGGAUCCCCCAGUCCGGCCUCGUCACGAUGGUGAUCGUGUUAACCUCCGUCGGCCUCCCCACAGAGGACAUCACGCUGAUCAUCGCCAUCGACUGGGCCCUGGAUCGGCUGCGCACAAUGACCAACGUUCUGGGGGAUGCGCUGGCGGCCGGGAUCAUCGCACACAUCUGCCGGAAGGAUUUUGCUCCCAAACCACCCAAGGAACCCAAGAACCACUCGGGGAAGCCAGCCUCCUGCUCCAAGAACCACGUGGUGGAAGUAAUCGGAGAGGUUUUGCCCGAUGGGGCCAGCUUCAACAUCUGCCAGGUCUGAGGCCCCCGGGGCUUGGGCUCCUCGUCGCACACAAGCCUCAAUGCGCACAACACCCCCCCCCGCCAGCGGGCGGGAAGAUCCGCUCUGCCCAGAAGAAGGCAGGAAGGGUGCAGAGCGCUGUGGAGGACCUCCUCGGGACGGGACGGGAAAGGAAGGCGGCUGCCCCACCAGGAGAAAAGCCAGCCGCUCAGUGGUUCGAGGCAGAAACCUCUGGAAGUCACAUUUCCCACAAACACACCAUUUUCAGUGGCUCAAAAAUAGAAAUGGACAGAGGUCAUAUUAACCUUUUUAAAAAAAACUAUAGAGAAGAAAACAAAUUGAAGGUUUUUCCAAGGAGCUGCAUUGUGCCCUUUCCUCUUUUUUGGUGGUGGGGGGGAAGAGACUUUUUUUUAAAAGCAGCACUUUUUUUAAUAGUAUGUUUUGUAAUUUUUUUUCUUUCUGUUUUUGAGAUCUCUUUCUUUCUAAAGCGUCAUCAGCAACAACCUCUCUCCUUGUGCUUCCCAGAAUCAUAGCUGCAGUUUCCACGAAUUUAAGACCGAAGAUAUGCUAGAAGUUCACUUGCAGAUACCGGUCAGGAUUUCUUUUUUGGCCAAGGGGGCAAUGAAUGCACACUUCAUGUGGUGCUUCCCCAGGAGAUCUGCCUGUGGAGGGCUCAGUGGAGUUGAGUGGGUUGUGGGUUAGUACCGAUUUCCAGGCCCAUACCAAGUGGAAGGCGCGGUAAGUGGAGGAAACUGACUCCACAAAUUUUGGGUGAGGGUUGUCCCGUCACAUCUUUAGUCACCCCAAAACAACUGCAGGCAGCUUAAGAAGGGAGGAGGGACAACAGUGGAUGUACAGUGCUUUGAGAUGGUGCUUUAAUUUUUUUUAAAAAAAGCAAUAAACCAAAUG